ACACAAGUAAGACAAAGACUGUCCUCCGCUCGCUCCAAUAUCUCCAAAAGAGACUCAGCUAGAGAAGAUUCCGGAGCCGACACGCAGCGAGAUGAACCGGAAGUAGUCAAACCCAAGAAGGAAGUGACGUUUGCAGACGAUGUGCUUCAAAAGGCCAGUACUACAGAAACGCCCAGGGCUGAUAGUGAUGCAGAGACUUUUGCUGACGAGAAUUCCGUUCAGCCCGCCUAUCUGGAUGGAGAAGGGGACACAACUGGGGCUGAUGACGUCUUCCACCAACAGGAAGUCGAGAAUGGGGAGGAGACGGAGAAAGAGAAGGAGGGAAAAUAUGAGGAAGGCAAGAUGGUCGACUCGAAUAAAGAAAAGGAGGAUAAGAAAUCCGUGAAGAAAGGAAAGAAGUCAAAGGGCAAGUCAAAGAGGGAGGCAAAGAGGGAGGAGGAGAAGAAAAAAGCCGCUCAGAAGAAGGUGGAGACGGAUGUGGUGAGUUUGUAUGCGGUGUAA